AUAUUACUCAAGGCAUUGCAGAUGAUUUUAAUGAUGAACCAAUGACUGAAGAAGAAAUUCAUAAUGUUUUUAGUGAAAUAUUUGCUUUAUCAUGUCUUAUAUAUUAUGCACUUAGUAAUCCUGAAGUUGAACAAAACAUUCUUAAAGAGAUUAAAGAAGUGUUUGGAGAUAAAUCUAAUUUAGAUUAUGAAGAUUUAAAAAAAUUUGAAUAUGUUGAAGCAGUAAUAAAAGAAGUUUUACGUCUUAACCCUCUUGGAAUAAUAAUUGAUCGUGAGUCAGCAAAUUUUGAUCAAAUAGGUGAUUACAAAAUUCCAGGUUCAACUCGAUUAACAAUAAAUGUUCAAAGUUUACACAUGAAUCCAAAUUAUUGGAAUGAGCCAACUAAAUUUGAUCCUUCAAGAUUCUUAAAUAAAAAUCAUGACAAUGAUAGUGGAAUAGAUGAUUCCUUUAUUAAAAAUACAUUUUUACAUUUUGGUGGUGGAUUACGUAUAUGCCCAGGAAGACAUCUGGCAUUGAAUCAAAUUAAAUUAUUGGUUGCUUUAUUAUACAAAAAAUAUAAAUUUGAAUUGGUAAGUGAUAAACCUAUGCGUCCACAACCUUUUGAUGGUAGUAGAUGUGUUGAAUUGAAG